AUGACAACUAUGAUAAAACUGCAUUAUGAUGACAGAAAUGAUGAAGAAGAAAAUAUGAUAAUUCGGUGUGCAGACUAUGAAACAUUCAAAUCGUAUGUACUAAAAAAAUAUGACAAAAUGUAUGAAAUAGCAAAUUUUGAAAAUGAAAAUAUAAACUAUUAUAGCGUGAAAUGGAUAAAUUUUAUAAACAGAAGAGUACCAAUUUUAUUACAAAAUAAGAGCGGGCCAUGUCCACUUUUAUGUAUUACAAAUAUUUUACUUUUACGUAAUCAGAUACAAAUUGAUAGAAAAAUUAAGAAAAUUUCUCAAAGCCUUCUCGAAAGUAAAAUUAUGAAUAUACUAUUAGAAUCUAAUAAAAAAAACGUCACAGAUAAUACAGCAUCAUGUAAUUAUAGGAAGAAUAUAAUUGAAUGUGUUGAUAUAUUACCGCAGUUAAAAUAUGGAUUAGAUGUUAAUUGUAAAUUUACUAAUAUUCACUCUUUUGAAUAUACCAAAGGUUUGUGCAUAUUUGAUAUGCUUAAUAUUCCCUUAUGCCAUGGAUGGGUCAUAUCAUCAGAUGAUGUAAUGUUCUAUUCCUAUUUAAAGGAUUACUCGUACAAUGUCAUAAUAAAUAAAAUAAUAAGAUAUAAUGAAUACUAUGAAAGAAAAAAAAAAAAAAACAUAGAUGAAUCCUCCAAUGAAAAGGCUAUCAUAUUGCAUCAGUUGGAGGAUGUAAAGGAUGAUAAUAAAAACAACUGUGAUUUGGAACAAAAUUACAUAAACGAUGCACAGAAAGAUAAAUCUGAGAAUAAUCAGAUAGAUAAUCCAAAGGAUGCUGUGAUUGACACAACCAAAGGAAUAAGCCAGAAUAUAGAAAAGAAUGAUAAAAAAAAAAGUAUAAAGGGUAUUCCUAUUUUUCCAGAUGACCUUGACCAUAUUUCAGAAGAGAAUGUUAAAGCAACAUUAUUGAAAAACACGUCUUCUCCUCACGUUAAUAAUAUACCUCCUCUUGAUAUAGAACUAACUAAAAAGAAGAACAACAAUUCUAAUAAAAAAAAUAUAAAUUCAGAUACGUGUAGUAUUAUAAAAAGGACACAAAGCAACAUCAAUAAUCGAAAAUUGGCAACCUCUAUCAAUUUCGAAAAAGGCACAAGUAAACAUGACAAAAAAGAAUGUGAUCUGAACUCAGAUGACAUUUUUAUCAAGGGUGAAAAAACAGUCAACAUUUUGUCACAGUCUUCAAAAAAAACUAACAUAAACAAUGAUGUUAACAUAAGCAAGAGUGUUAACAUAAACAAGAGUGCUAGCAUAAACAAGAGUGCUAGCAUAAACAAGAAUGCUAGCAUAAACAAGAAUGCUAGCAUAAACAAGAAUGCUAGCAUAAACAAGAAUGCCAAUAUAAACAUCAGUGUUAAUACUAACAGUAAUAAUAGUGCUAAUGUGAAAAAAAUGUAUAGUGGCGAUAUUAUAGAAAUAAAUACUCCAAAAUUUCCAGAGGAUUCUCUACCAACUACCUCUACCGACCUCAUACCAGUUGAUUAUUCCUCAGAUGGAAAUACUAAUAGUUGUUUAAAGAAAUCCACUCUGGAUGAAAGAUCUAAAAGGAAUAAUGAACUUUUUAUAGAAUCUAACAAAAUAGCUAGCUUAACGAGCGAGAGUGCGAAUAUUGAUAUCCUAGAUAAUUACACAGAAAAUAGUGAAAAUUAUAUCAUGAAAAAUUACAACACAGAUAUUGAUUUAACUCCAUACGAAAUACAUGAAGCUUUAAUAAUUUUAGAAUUUCUCGAAACAUACAAAACGCAAUUAACGUUAGUUGGUUUGAAAUUGCUCAGAGAAAGUUUGAAUCCAAAUCAACUUGUGGCCUUCUUUAGAAAUAACCAUUUUAAUACCCUUUUUAAAUAUGAAAAUAAAUUAUUUCUGCUAGCUGCAGAUAUUUCCUUUUUACAUCUAAGUUGCACAUGGGAAUUAUUUGACAACGUAGAUAAUGACACGUCUUACUAUGAUAACAAUUUUAGGUGUAUAACGUAUCAGAAAAAUCUGGAAAAAAAAUUUAAUCAUUCUAUAAUUUAUUUAAACAAUUAUGAAAGGGGCACAGCGAAAAAUAAUAUGCAUUGUGUCAAAUCGAAUUCUUCUAUUACGAAUAAUAAGAAGAAGAAGAAAAAAUGUACCUUCAUGUAG